AUGGAUAUUCACUGCAAAGCAGACCCCUUCUCAGCGAUGCACCGGCACGGCGGUGUGAACCAGCUCGGCGGGGUGUUUGUGAACGGCAGACCCCUACCAGACGUGGUGAGGCAGAGGAUCGUGGAGCUGGCCCACCAGGGCGUCCGGCCCUGCGACAUCUCCAGACAGCUACGGGUCAGUCACGGCUGUGUCAGCAAAAUCCUCGGCAGGUACUACGAAACCGGCAGUAUUAAACCUGGAGUCAUUGGUGGCUCCAAACCAAAGGUCGCAACUCCGAAAGUAGUGGAUAAAAUUGCAGAAUAUAAACGCCAGAACCCAACCAUGUUCGCCUGGGAGAUUAGGGACCGACUACUGGCCGAGGGCGUCUGCGACAAUGACACAGUUCCCAGCGUUUCAUCCAUCAACAGGAUUAUCCGCACCAAAGUCCAGCAGCCAUUCCACCCGUCCCCCGACGGAUCUGUUACGCCACUCUCCACGCCUGGUCACACCAUAGUGCCCAGCACAGCCUCUCCCCCUGUGACCAGCGCCUCCAACGAUCCCGUAGGAUCCUACUCCAUCAACGGCAUUCUGGGUAUCCCCCGCUCCAAUGGCGAGAAGAGGAAACGAGAUGAUGUUCUCUGGAGUGGCAACCACUUGGAUGGGAGGAAAAUAGGACAUUAUGGCUCUGAUGGCUCGGGCCCAGGCAGUGACUCUCAGGGCAGCGUGGAGAGUUUAAGGAAGCACCUGCGAGCGGACGCCUUCACCCAGCAGCAACUGGAGGCCCUGGACCGUGUGUUUGAGCGCCCCUCUUACCCUGAUGUCUUCCCCACUUCAGAACACAUCAAACCCGAACAGGCGAAUGAGUACUCCCUCCCCUCCCUGAAUGCAGGCCUGGACGAGGUGAAGCCCAGCCUUUCCACCAGCGCCAGCUCUGACCUGGCCUCCAGUGUCUCCCAGAGCUACUCUGUUGUCACAGGUCGAGACAUGGCCAGCACCACCUUACCUGGCUACCCUCCUCAUGUCCCCCCCACAGGACAGGGCAGCUACCCCACCUCCACACUCGCUGGAAUGGUUCCUGGAGGGGACUUUUCUGGAAACCCUUACUCUCAUCCCCAAUAUACUACUUACAACGAAGCAUGGCGGUUCAGCAAUCCAGCAUUACUAAUGCCGCAUCCCGUGGCUCCGCACCUCCCACUGCUGCCACUGCCUACGAUCGCCACUAGUUACCAUGGAGACCAGCUCAAACUGCAGGGCCAGGGCCUCGGCCUCCAUAUUGUCCCCGUCUGA